AUGGAGGACCACUGUUUCGCAACACAGAUAAUUGGUUGGGAUGGUGUUUUGGAUAUUCCCAAAUUUGACGAAUUCACCAAGCAUGUUAAACUGAACGACCCAUACUGCGUUGUAUCAAUACUGGGGCCUCAAAGUAGUGGAAAGAGUACACUUCUGAAUCAUCUAUUCGGAACCAAUUUUCAGGAGAUGAAUAUUGAACAAAGGUCACAAACUACCAAAGGUGUAUGGUUGGCGAAGGCCAAAAAUAUUGGGCCAUGCACCCUUGUAAUGGAUUUGGAAGGAACUGAUGGAAUGGAGAGAGCAGAUCGGGAUGACACGGCAUUUGAGAAUCAAACUGCAUUAUUUGCUUUGGCUGUUUCAGAUGUUGUGUUGAUCAAUAUGUCGUGUAAAGAUAUUGGGAGAGAACAAGGUGGGAGCAGGCCUCUUUUGAAAACCAUUUUCCAGGUCCUCAUGAAGUUGUUCGACCCUCGCAAGAAAACCAUGUUAUUUGUUAUUCGCGACAAAUCAAAGACACCUUUCGAAAGCCUUGUAUCCAGUUUACAGACAGAUAUCCUGAAGAUAUGGGAAUGUGUCCCUAAACCCCAGGACCAAAGAUCUACUAACAUUAAUGAUUUUUUCAACUUACAAUUUGAGAGCCUCUCGAACUACGAGCACCAGGAGGAUUCAUUUAAAGAGGAGGUUUCCGGUUUAAGAAGUAGGUUUCAGAAAUCAAUUGGUCAUGCUGGACCUUCUGGAAAUUUUCCGGCUUCAGAUUUUUCUGUCAGUACAAAGGAAAUGUGGAAGCUCAUUAAGGAGGACAAAGACCUUGAUCUACCUUCUCAUAAAGUUAUGGUUGCUAGAGUGCGCUGUUGGCAAAUCGGUAGUGCGAAAGUAUCUAGUUUUACAGCUGACGAGGAAUGGAAACAUUGUGAAGAGGCUGUUCAGAAUGACUGUGUUCCAGGGUUUGGGAAAAAGAUCAGCGGACUUUUUCUUAGAUGUUUAUCAGAGUAUGAUAAGGAGUCUAUUUAUUAUGAUGAAGGCGUCAGAACAUUGGAAAGACAACAACUAGUGUCCAGAAUUUCGCAGCUUGUCCAUCCUGCGUACAUAUCUCUUAUGAAGCAUUUUCUGAAUGGAACUUUAAAAGAAUUCAAGGAGUCCUUUCAUGAGGCCCUAAAAAUUGAGGAAUUCCGCGUUGCCGCUCAUGCUUGUGCGCAAUCAUUCUUGCAUAAGUUCAGAAAAGGAUGUGAAGAUGCUACUAUUCAACAAGUGAAAUGGGAUCCUGCAACUUUCGAGGAUAAGCUUAAGCAUGCCAUCGACGCUCAUGUGGAGUCAGUUCGUGUUUUGAAACGGAAAGUGGCAGAUAUUUGUGGCAGAUCUCAGGGGAGACUUACAAGAGCUCUAGCCGAACCAGUCAAGGAGUUUCUACGUUCAGCUCGAUAUAACACGUGGGAAGUUAUUAAAACGCUUCUUGUAAGUGAGACAAUAGCUGCUGCUGCGGAUCUUAAAAAUGAUCUUUCAGAUUUGGAGCUCGAUGAUGGUACAGUGAAAGAACUGCUUUCAAGGCUAAGAAAUCAUGGAAGGAGCCUUGUUGAAUCAAAGGCAAAAGAAGAAGCUAAAACGAUCUCGAUCCGCAUGAAAGACAGAUUAACGAUAUUAUUCAAUGCCGAUAUGUCAAGAGUAAGGAAUGGAAAAGUAGAUAUACAAGCAAUUGCUGAAUCUGCCCGCGAUGAAACAAUAGCUGCUGUUGCGGAUCUUAAAUAUGGUCUUUCAGAUUUGGGGCUCGAUGAAGCUACAGUGAAAGAACUGCUUUCAAGGCUGGAAAAUCAUGGAAGGAGCGUUGUUGAAUCACAGGCAACAAAAGAAGCUGCAACUGUCUCAAUCCGCAUGAAAGACAGGUUCACGAAAUUAUUCAAUGCCGAUAUGUCAAGAGUACGGAAUGGAAAAGUAGAUAUACAAGCAAUUACUGAAUCUGCCCGCGAUGAACUCCCUCAGCAUCCUGUCAAGCUCCAGAACCGUGAAGUUGAAAUUGAUGCCUGGGCGCAGCCUCAUGAUAUCCGCCGGGCCGCCAAACAUCCAGGCGGGCCUCCCCCUCUUCUGCAGAGGGGCGAUGCGACGGUGAAGGAAAUCCGCGCCAACUGCCCCUGCUGCGAGCCCGGCAAGCCUGAGCCGGAGGAUUCGGGUGGUGGCAAUCUUCAGCUUGGCGUCGUCCGGCGACAGAGCGCUCCAGUCGCCACCGCGCACUACCCGGGUCUGGCGCAGGUUGACGGCAAAGAUGGAUUCUGGCUGACGACAAAGGCACUCACGCCAUCCGUCAGUCCGGCCGGUACAAUGAAAGAACUGAUUUCAAGGCUGGAAAAUCAUGGAAAGACCGUUGUUGAAUCAAAGGCAAAAGAAGAAGCUGCAACUAUCUUGAUCCGCAUGAAAGACAGAUUCAAGAUAUUAUUCAAUGCCGAUAUGUCAAGAGUAUGGAAUGGAGAAGUAGAGAUACAAGCAAUUGUUGAAUCUGCCCAGGAUGAAGCGGGAACUUUAAUCUCCCCUGACAAGUGCAAGUCACUAUGGGGCCAAUUCAUGGUUGAAGUUGAUUCUAUUGUCACCCCGGCCCGAGAUGCUCAGAUUGGCGAUACGGACAGCGAGGAGAGGGUCCAUCCCAAUGGCAAUCACCUCGCUCUUAAGGAAAUUGAUCUUAAGGCCAGAAAUGAUCUCGAACGCGAGGAGAAUGAGUUUGAUCGAGGCUACACUAUGAUCGUCAGGCUCAAAGAGCAGCAAGGUGUCGUCCGCAUAUUGAAGGUGCAUGAGACCACCCGCGAUAAGGUGUGGAACAACACCGCGGAUGUGGCCGCCGUCCUUAGCCUUAUGAACCAUGGCUGA